GAUUUGUUUAUUCAUCCUCUGAUGAAGGGUCCAGGCCCGAAACGUCAGCUUUUGCGCUCCUGGGAUGCUGCUUGGCCUGCUGUGUUCAUCCAGCUUCACACUUUAUUAUCUUAGAUUCUCCAGCAUCUGCAGUUCCCAUUAUCUCCGAUUUGUUUAUUUCCUGCUUUCUGAUUGGUUUUUUCUCUGUAUGUAACCUGAGUGGCUAAUUUGUACUUGAGGGUGCGGUUACCUUGCGCGUCGACGUUCAGGGGGUUGGCUCUGCCCAUGGGAGCGUAUCAUCUUGAGGGAAAGGGAGAAGCUGAUAAAGGCGAUUGAAAUUAUUGACGAUGAUAAAGAAGCUAAGCAAACUGGACAACAAAAAGACUUUGCUGUUUGUUUGCCUGUCCAACAUCUGUUUUGUUGGCUGAUGAAAGAACAAAACUCGUACGUUGUAAAGGCACUAGUGAUGCAAUGAGCUCCACCUAUGGACACUUAAGUUGGGGGGCGGAUAAAGAUAACUUGCAACAGUAUGAACGAUCUGAAUGGGACAGGUUAAACAAGCUCCUUCGGCAACAUGGCUUCAAAGCAGUCCAGCUUGCAGAUCCACAAACGACUAAAAACUGGAGAGGUAUGGUUCUUCUGGAUAAACAGUCAAUUGUGGAAAUAAACAAGAUGGUGAGCACUUUAAUGAAAGAUGCAGAACGACGACAAACUUUGAUCUGUGAUCUUAUUCAGUCCAAUAGGGAAUUGAGGAAUGAGCUUUGCCAAUGGCAGAAUAAAAUGUCUUCCAAAGAACAGCGUACAUCUAAUGCAGAGCAACUCCAAUAUGCUGCUAAACUGAAAAUUCAGGAGAUGCAAGGUGACUAUUUUAUGAAGUGUUGUCGCCUGCGAAAGCAAGUUGAGCACCUGCAGCGUGAUGAACAAGAUAUGCAGAUACAGCUUCAGCAGCUGAACCAAAAUUUACAAGAGAAGGAGAAAACAAUUGUACGAUUGAAGAAAAAGUUGUACAUGAUUGUGACUGAGGAAGAACAGCACAUUGAACGACAAAAUAAAUUGUUCCUUCAGUUUCAUAAGCUGACUACUAGAGAGCAGACUACAUCAAAUAAAAUUACUCGCAAAAGUGUAUUUGAAGACAUUCCCAGAAAAAGAAAAGAGCAAUUAGGAAACAAUAGGAAACAGAAAUAUUCAGUCCUGGAUGAGAUCCCAGAAGGCAAAAUAUUGAUAAAGGCCUGUGAAGACCAAUUAAAAGGAACAAGCUACAGAAAUCAUCAAACUUUUGAGAAAAAUCAAAAUUUUCAAGCCAUUGAAAGUUUCACAGGUAGCAGCUGUAACGCUGAGAAUGAAGAAGAAUUUAUCAGUGCUAAGGUUGAAGCUGUAGAUUGCAUGCAGGAAGCUGCCUGUAAAAGAUUACUCAAGGGAUGUAAGAGUGCUUCACCACAAACACUGGAGGCUAUUGUAUCUCAUUUCCAAAAACUGUUUGAUGUGAGUUCUCUCAGUGGAAUCUAUCCUAGAAUGAAUGAAGUAUAUUGUAAACUUGGUGAGAUGAACAAUGCUAUGAAAAAUCUCCGACAAGUUUUAGGGUUGGCUGAAACCACACCACCAAGUGUGUUAGUAAAUAUGAUUGGAAAACUGUGUUCUCUUGUCAAUGCUGACACCUACAGUCAAGUGCAGCGACUUCUGGGCACUCAGGAUGUAGACAGCAUAAUCACUAAAUUGGAAGAACAUGAAGAAUUCUUUCCAGUAUUCUACACUGUUUUUAAGGACUUGCUUCAGAUAUUAGAGGUCGAUAGUAUGGAUCAUGUUUUACCAGCAGUCUCUGCACUCAAGCUGAAAACCAGAUAAAAUAAAGCUCAGAAUUAUAAGCAUCUCUAUUGGAAACCACUCCAGUCUUCAGUUUUACAAUAUGAUGUUAUAAAGUCUGUACACUUUUCUAUU